GCCGGAGUGUCCGAAAUUCUUGUAUUUGAUUGGCUCGUGAAAGCAAGUUAGCGCGUAUGAUUUGUUUAUAUAUUAUGUGCCGUCAGUGAUGCUCCUCUAAGAACAUGAAGUGCUGAAUUGUGAAAUGCAUGGUUGUCUUUUAUUAUUUAUUUUCAGUGUGAUUUUUUUAUCUUGGAAGUUGAAGUGGCAGGUUAUCAGCCAUUCUUGCAGGCAUUAUUCAUCAUCUUCAGGAUAUUCAGUCUGGCAUAAUAGAUCUCUGAAAACUAAGAGCACAAUCGGUGGCACUCUUUUGUCACCACUGCCAUUGGCGCGCUAGUUCCCCGGAAAGGCUCACUGGCCGACCAUGUUCCGCUCGCCGAGCCCGGCGCCGGGCUGGCACCGGCCCGCCGCGCCCCGGCCCGCCGGCGGCCCGGCCGGGUUCGACUGGUUCGGCCUCUACCAGAGCGUUAUGCAGCUGGUGGCCUACGCCGUGUACGGGGGCGCCCUGCUGCUCCUGGUCGCACUGUUCACCUGGCCCCGGCCGGAGAUCGACGACGGCCGCGAAACGCACCUGCAGCGAGCGCAGAGAGUCAACCUGUCACUGGAGUACAAACGGCGCGGCAACAUCUCCGAGCCGUGCCGCCUGCUGCUGGCCAACUUUGCCGACGCCUUCGCCGACUUCAUGGCCUGCACGGUGAAGGCGUCCCGCCCUCUGUCGGUGUGUAUCCGCUGCGCGCAGAACCGCUACCCUCUGGAGCGGGCGUACCAGCACAUCCUGUCUGGCACGGGACCGGAUGACGCCCACUGCCGCCUGCAGCUGCUCGACCAUGACGACGUGCACAUCAUCAUGUACCACAUGCGCUACUACCAGUCGGUGGUGGCGCAGAACCGCUGCGACCGCUGCGUCACCAAACUCGGCUUCGGCGGCUACAAGAUCAACGCGGAUAUCUCUGAGCUGACGCGCCGUCACGACGCGUUCCGCGCGUGUGUCGAGCGGAACGGCAACCGGACGGCGGCGGACGGCUCGCCGGCCGUGUGCCGGGAGUGUGCCGACCUGCUGCGCGCGCAGGCCGACCAGCUGGAGGCCGUCUCGGGCCGGAGGAUGCACCCGGCCGGCGCCAUCUGCGCCGAUGUUGAGGACAUGGUGAACGUGACCAGUCGGAUGUGGCGCUGCGCCGGCUGCCGGCCGCCCGCAGAGGUGACCGGCGAGAGCGGCUGGACCGCGCACGCGCCCGCCGCCGUCGCCGCCGUCCUGGUGGCGGCGUUCUACCUGGCGUUGGGCCGCCGCCAGGCAGAGCGCUGCGCCCAGGAGGCGGCGGCGGGGCGCGGCGCCGCGCGCGGCCAGCAGCCCGAGUCGGGCCGGGUGGCGGAGGUGCCGUUCCACCGUCCGCUGCGGCCCGGGGAGCGACUCCGGCCGCCCGGGCCCGGCGAGAGGUUCCCACGACUGCUGCAGGAGGUGCACGCUGAGGAGAUCCGCCCGCCCGCCCUGCCGGCCGACGCUGCCCCGAGGAGCUCCUGUGCGGUGAUGUGAGUUGGUAACCGGGACUGAGAGCUCUCUGAAGGGGACACCGUAUGAACGGCCCUGUACCCUAUCACUUGAAAUGGCCAGUAUAUUAGAGUAGAAUGGAGUGGCUGGUCAAGUGGUCAGCUGCUGCCCCCCCCCCCCGCGGAUUGAAAAUACUGCUGAAUGAUAAUCCGGUGCCUUUGUGUCAUUUGAUUGGUCUGAGGCCAUGUGAGUCUUGUCCUUGAUUUGGCGUUCAUCUGCUUUCGUUACGAUCACAGGAAACACAUUGAUAGUAACCAUGACGCUCAUUUGUGUUCAAUUACCAUUCUUUUUUUCGUACCUUCAAAUCUGUUCGCCGUAUUGUACCCGUAUUGUUGGUAGAGAUGCAAGUUCCUACUAUAUUUGAGCAUCGCAUGCCUCGGCAUUUAAUAUAUAUGUUUUCGCCUUUCAAGUGGAUGGGUCCGUUGGGCUCCAUCAGGAAUCACCGCUGGGUUUGUAUCCUUAUGUAAAUAUUGUAGCCUUUUUUUAUAAUGUCUUUCAGUCGUGCUGUAACGUUACGUCUACGAGCUGGUAUACCUACAUGUAGCAACAUUAGCUUGUGACCAAGCCUCAUAUCGCAAGUAGUCAUAAUCCCUCGUUCACUAAAUUCGAAUAUUUGCUUAUUACACGUGUCAUUCGUCUCCUGUCCAAACCUUGCCAGCCGAACUCAAAUAACGUAUGACUUUGUAAAAGGGUCCGAGCGUUGUAUCAUAUUGGGGGAUACCGGUGUGCCAUCCUGUAUUCUGGGUCAGUGUCAAGCUGUAUUUUAUUGUAUUUUAUCGUGUAUCUCAUGUACGGCCCGAGAAUGGCUGUGGUUGUAUCUCGUGUGUAUCAGCAUGUGUGCUUUGGAUAAAUAAACGUUGCCUUCCAUUA